GUUAUAAAAUGACUUCACCGAUUAAACCUAUCGACAACUUUUUGGUCUCCUCUACACCGCAUCCUCUUCAGAUGAAGAGUAAAAGUGGUGUGAAACGGAGUGAAUCGAGGAGUGUUAAUCUUACACAUGAUAUGAAGACUGAUGGUACAACGUUAAUUCAAGAUAUGGAUAUAUUUCAAUUUAAAGUCAAAGGUGAAGAAAAUGAAAGCUAUAUGACGAAUCUAGAAGAUAUUCGAUGCUUGGAUUGGACGUCUAAACGUGCCAGUUAUUUAUUUGACUUGUUAACACGGCCUCCUUUGCUUUUUUCACCCAGCAUGGGAAUUAGUCUUUCAUUCAAAAAAGAUUCACAAAGAAGUGGUUUACAGCUUUUACCUUUAAACAAGCGUAAUCGUCCAAUUAAUCCCGAUCCAUGUCUACUAUCCAUUGAUGGUCUUUUAGACUGUCUUUUUGUCACAAAUUCAUUGGUUGAUCAAAUAUAUCACGAUUGUAUGGAGAAUGCAGAUGAUCGGGGAUCAGAUGAGUAUGAACAGUCACCCACUAUCUUGGCUGCGAAAUUCUUUCGCAGAAGAGUAAAACCCAUCAUCUCACGGUUAUCAGAACUUCGGCUUAAAUUAUCAGACUUUAAACUUGGCGCAUGUGUUGGUAGAGGAGCGUGUGGCAUUGUUCGCGUAGUGCGCGAAGUGUCACCUCCUCAUUCUGUAUAUGCAAUGAAAUCGCAGUUUAAAGGAGCUUGGCUACAUCAUGACCCGGAGGGAUCUCAGAUACUACUUGAGAGAACUGUGUUAGCUCAAGCAACUGCCAUCGGAAAUCCAUGGCUUCCACACCUUCAUUAUGCAUUUCAAGACGAAAAGUAUUUACACCUCGUCAUGGAUUACGAACCUGGUGGUGACCUAUAUAUAUUUUUAAGCAA